AACUGAGUGUCCAAGCUCCACACUGAAAGCUGUCAUCGACGGCCAAGUGAAAAUCCUGAGGGAGGAGUGAUUGAGGCAGGGCCCAAGGCCCGAGGGUAGAGGGCAGCUGGGAACUGAGGCAAGAAGAGACUCAGCUGGGUGAGGGCUGCAGGGUUGGGAGCACGAGAGCCAGAGCUGGGGAGAAAUGAACACAAGCAGGACCCGGGACCAGGACUUGGCAGACUCCCUACUCACCUACCGAGCAGCGUGCCUAUCUGCACCCAUCAGCUCCUCCUGUAUCCUGGAGAGGCAGGCUCUCACAGGCCUGGGCGCGUUAGUGAUGGGAAGGAGUAGAGGGUGGGAGGGGCCUUGGCCAGCAGAGAGGUCUGAAAGGAGCCCCACCUGUCCUUGCCCAUUCUCGCCUCACCCUCUGCUAACCUGACAGGCACCACAGGACAGGAGCAGGAUACUUGCUGGCUGCUACUCUGCCCUUCAGCUUCCCCAGACCCCCAACCUGGAGAGUUGUUAGUAGGCGCAGAAAGAUGUCGGGCUGCUACAGACCCCCGGGCAACGAGACGCUGCUGAGCUGGAAAACCUCGCGGGUCACCGGCACGGUCUUCCUGCUGCUGGCGGCGCUGCUGGGGCUGCCGGGCAACGGCUUCGUGGUGUGGAGCUUGGCGGGCUGGCGGCCCGCAAGGGGGCGGCCGCUGGCGGCCACGCUGGUGCUGCACUUGGCGCUGGCGGACGGCGCGGUGCUGCUGCUCGCGCCCAUCUUCGUGAGCUUCCUGACCCGGCAAGCGUGGCCGCUGGGCCAGGCGGGCUGCAAGGCGGUGUACUACGUGUGCGCGCUCAGCAUGUACGCCAGCGUGCUGCUCACCAGCCUGCUCAGCCUGCAGCGCUGCCUGGCGGUCACCCGGCCCUUCCUCACGCCCCGGCUGCGCAGCCCGGCCCUGGCGCGCCGCCUGCUGGCGGCCGUCUGGCUGUGCGCCCUGCUGCUCGCCGUCCCGGCCGCCGUCUACCGCCAGCUCUGGAAGGACCAGGUGUGCCAGCUGUGCCACCCGUCGGCGGCCCACGCCGCGGCGCACCUGGGCCUGGAGACGCUGACCGCCUUCGUGCUGCCCUUCGGGCUGGUGCUGGGCUGCUACGGCGUGACGCUGGCGCGGCUGCGGGGCGCGCGCUGGGGCUCCGGGCCGCACGGGGCGCGCGUGGGCCGCCUGGUGGCCGCCAUCGUGCUGGCCUUCGGCCUGCUCUGGGCGCCCUACCACGCCGUCAACGUCCUGCAGGCGGUGGCCGCGCUGGCUCCGCAGAGGGGCGCCUUGGCCGAGGUCUUCGGGGCGGGCCAGGCGGCGCGCGCGGGCACCACGGCCUUGGCCUUCUUCAGCUCCAGCGUCAACCCGCUGCUCUACGUCUUCACCGCCGGCGACCUGCUGCCCCGGGCGGGGCCCCGCUUCCUCACCAGGCUCUUCGAGGGCUCCGGAGACGCCCGGGGCCGCUCCAGGGAGGGCACCAUGGAGCUCCGAGCUGCCCCCAGGCUCAAAGUGGCGGGGCAGGGCCAGGGCAAUGGGGACUCGGGCGGAGGGGUGGAGAAAGGCCGUCAGGGAUGAGACCCUCGACGCCAAGCGCUGCAGCCGGACCUUGACCCCCUUCCAACAUGCCACAGUCAUUAAAGAAGCCCUCUGGGGGCACUGGGGGAUCCUUCUGUGACCAGUUUGGAUCUGUCUGGGCUGAAUAGUAUAUGCCCGGGGCCUGGCCUAGGUUUCUCCAAACUGAGGGACGGCAGGCGGUGAUGGUCAGUGCUAAUGAAUACCGUGUACCGGCAGACGGGCAUGUUCCCACGUGCCAGAGCCGCCUACUUGUCAAAAUACUGUGAAAACUCGAGGGCGGCAGUGUGCGCCCCCUUGUGGCCCAUCACGUCUCUCUUGUAAGGAAGCCACGUGGGGUCUGGGCUACUGCCAGCCUCCAGUGACAUCUUGAUGUGUCCUCCCCAGUCCAGGUGACCUGGUCCUGCCAGGCUAACUGACAGAAUGACUCUGGAAAUAAAAGGGGGUGGGGGUGAGGAGGGCUGGUAGGGCGCACAUGUUACCAUGUGCAAGGCCUCAGGUUUGAGUUCCCGACCGCCAUAUGUCAUCAUCAGCACAGGGGGAGUGUCCUGAGCAGUUGAAUAGUGAGGUGGCAUCUCACCUUCCCCUCCUUCCUCACUAUGUCUCUCCGUCUACCUAAAAAGAAAACUAAAUGGGGUCAGGAGGUGGCACACCUGGUCAAGCACACACACUGUAAUGUGCAAGGACCAGGGUUCAAGCCUCCAGUCCCCACCUGCAGGGGAACACUUCACGAGUGGUGAAGCAGAACUGCAGGUGUCUCUCUGUCUCUCUCCCUCUCUAUCACCCCCUUCCUUCUCGAUUUCUGGCCCUCUCUAUCCAAUAAAUAAAUAAAUAAAGAUAAUAAAAAAUUUAAAAAGAAAAAUAUGUAAGAGUCCACUAGAAGCCGGGGAAUUGUGCUGGCACAGAGCCUCAUUGAUAACCCUGGUGGCAUUAUUAUUAAAUAAGAAAUGUAAGUGAAUGAAUGGAGAACCAGGAAGAAGGUGUAUGGGAGCUUGGGUGAGGUGGGGGUGAGUCUGCAAGAGUCAAGCUGGGGCAACAGCGAGGUUCCACUUUCCACUUGUGAGACUGUCACAUUCUGAAGGGCAGAAACAUCAGUGGUGAGGAUGUAGGGAAAGAAGACUUUUACUCUGGGGGUGUAAAUGGGUCUAACCCCUAUAGAAAACAGUUUGGAGUUUCCUCAAAAGAACAGAAAAGGGUCUACCUUAUGAUCUGGUAUUUUCUCUCCUAGGAAUGUAUCCAAAGAACACAGAACCCCCUACCAUCUACCCAGAGAGAUCUGUGUACACCUAUGUUCAUAGCAGCAGUUUGUAAUAGCCCAAACCUGGAAACAACCAGAUGUCUAACAACAGACAGAAAGUUAUGAUAUGUCUGUAUAUUUAUCACAGCUGUUAGAAAUAAUAAGAUCUCCUUUUCCAUAUCUUGAAUGGAACUUGAAGGAAUCAUGUUAAGUGAGGUAAGCCAGGAGAAGAAGGAUGAAUACCAGAUGAUCUUAUAAGUGGUGUUUAAGAAACAAAGCAAGGGGAGUCGGGCGAUGGUGCAGCGGGUUAAGUGCACAUGGCGCAAAGCGCAAGGACUGGCGUAAGGAUCCCGGUUCGAGCCCCCGGCUCCCCACCUGCAGGGGAGUCGCUUCACAGGCGGUGAAGCAGGUCUGCAGGUGUCUAUCUUUCUCUCCCCUUCUCUGUCUUCCCCUCCUCUCUCCAUUUCUCUCUGUCCUAUCCAACAACAAUGACAUCAAGAACAACAAUAAAACAACAAGGGCAACAAAAGGGAAAAUAAAUAAAUAUAUAAGAAAGAAAGAAAUAA